AUGAACAAUUUGACUACAGCCAUAUUCAAUGGAGAUUUUGAUGAAUCUUCAUCAUUUGAUGAUGAUAUCAUCAUGAUAAGUGGUCGUCGAUACAUUAAUCGUGAAAGGGUCAAAGGCGAUGAACAAAUUUAUAAAGAUUAUUUUGCAGAUAAUCCUGUCUAUCCAGAAGAAUACUUCCGAAUACGUUUUCGAACAAGACGGUCAUUGUUUGUUAGUAUCUUACAUGAUAUUCAACAAGUGAAUGAGUACUUCAUUCAAACUCGUGAUGCCACUGGUGCUCCUGGAUUAUCCAGUGUACAGAAGAUGACUGCAGCACUUCGGAUCCUGCAGUACGGCAUACCUGCUGAUGCUGUAGACGAGCACAUUAGAAUCGGUGAAAGUACUGCAAUUGCCACCUUGAAUUUUUUUACCAGAUCAAUUGUUGCUACGUAUAAAGCCGUUUACUUAAGAUCUCCAAAUGAAACAGAUGUCGCCAGAUUAUUGCAAGAGGGAGAGCAACGCGGGUUUCCUUAA